AUGGACGAACGAAUGGACAAAGCAAAAAGAACCAUGGACUACUUCUUCGCGCUGAAGAAGCAGGACCUCUCGGUCAACAUCGACAUGCACAAUGAGAGGAUCGAAGGAAGCACCACCAUGACCCUGGCCCUGUAUAUGCCCAUUUAUUACCUCUACGAUGAAGAAGAUUUUGCUAAGGUGAACGGUGACAUUAACAAGGUUCGAAUUAGGAGAGGCGCAGACUCCAGUUCCUAUGACGAUGACACAAGUGACGAUGACAAUGAUGAUGAUGAGGAGGACGACCAACAGGACAGACACAACAAACAUGGAAAACACGCAAAGCACGAAAAAAGCAGAAAGGACAGGAAGCACUCCAAACAUGCCACGUUAAACGGAGGAGACCCCCAGGAGGAGGCCCCACGGGAUAUCCCCCUCUUGGAGGACAAGGCUUACACCAAUUUUAUGAAGAAAAAAAAAGAAAAAAAAAUAUUCGUCGUUCUUGAAAUGCCGCACAAUAUAAACUCGAGUUCUUACCAGGAUGUAAAAAUGAAUGGAAGCGAACAGGACAGGUACUACAUCAUUUAUAGCAGCUUGGGGAAGGGGGGUGAGCCCUAUGUUGAAGGUGAUGCUGCGGGGUGGGCGAAUCAGAAGUAUGGUCAUCAAAACAAGCAAUACCAUUAUAACUUGUACGAACCGAUGGGACACACGGAAAAUCCAAGUCAAGACGCAGAAGCGAAGAAGGGGAAACCCCCAAACGGCAUAGUAACAAAUGAAGAAACAGAAAAGAAGGAAAACUUAAAGUUCAAAUUGAAGUUGAAGGAAGUCAAUUUUGGCCACCCAAAUGGACGUAACAAUGAAGAUGUAGAUGUCGCACAGGGGUAUGGGUGCCCCCCCGGGGAUGACACGGAAGGGGAGGAAGACUACGAGUUUAUCGAUAAUCACAAGAGGGGACGCAUCCCAAAUGUGGUAGACCUCGUGUCGUUAAACAAAUAUACAGAGGAAAAUCACCUCCAGGGGAACAACUACAUGUUCAUACCGAUAGAAGACGAAAUAUGGAACAAGGAAAAGGAAAAGAAUUACAACAAUUGGAAAAAGUUCUGCGAAGAAGAAACAGUUACAGUGAAGAGGAAGGGAGAAUAUCACGUGAAAAUUAUAAUAGAAAUAAGUCUGAGUUUUUCCUUCUUCAAUUUAUCGUCCUCCCUUAACAAUCUAUAUUUUAACAGAAGGGAAAACUUACUGGUAGGAUUACAGAACUAUGCUUGUAACUGCACUUGGUUCCCAACUUUGUCAAAAAUGAACAGCAUUUAUGGGAAAUGCUCUUGGGAACUCCUCUACAAAAUUGAGAAGCCCUACGUGGUUAUAUCGUCGAACAGUUUAAUAAAUGUGUACGAGGUUGGGAAUACCAACUUCUUCCUUUAUAAGUCCAACAACCGGCAUGGCAAAUUGGCUCCUCAUGAGAUUUCCCUGUAUGCCGGUAGGUUCGACUUCCUUCACUUAAAUAAUAUGAAUCUGAAGGACUUCCAAAAAAUAAAUUACGACUUUUUGUACAAAACGGAGAUGGAGUCGAAAGGUAGCAAAUUCUAUUCGGUUGAUCAGUACGGGAAGGCGAAGGGCAAAGGGGGGGGAGGAGGUUCCUCUGGCAGAAUGGAUAAGCUGCCCGAGGGUACGAUGCCGCCCUCCAGGGAGAACCUAUCCUCUGGGGGGAAAACCAAACGGAGGUCUUCAACUAAGCGUUACUACGUCGACUCGGACGGAAGCAGUGAGGACGUCAUUAAUGUGGUCAAUCCGGACGGUGUGUUCAAUGUGGAUCAUACUGUUGGCCCCCCCACGAGUGAGUACCGCGAAAAAGGCAACACCAAGAAGAAGGACUGCUGCAGCUACUACGAGCGGGUCAAAGAUAAAGUCGUGCCAAACAUUUUCAUCUUUACCUUAAAAAAUUACAAAGACGAAAUGGAGUACUCCAGUUACCACGUCGGAUACGUACUGCGAACAUUUCUCGAAGUCAGUAAAGAAAGCUUCCCCUUCGACAACAUCACAGUUCUAUUUCUACCACUUGCCUUUUUAAACUUUGAAAAUUAUCCCUCAUCGGAAAGUAUCGAAUGUUCUGUCAGUGCACAUAUCUACGAUGACAUGAAGAAUGGGUACAACCUCUUCGCAAACAGUAACCUGCUAAAUGCAAAAAUAUCGGAACCUUAUGUUUUUCUCGGAAACAAUAAGUAUUUUAUCUUUGGGAACGUUAUCGUCUUUUCUACGCAGAUUUUGCACUCCCUGUAUGACACCCUUUUUAACAUAAGUCUGUAUAGUUACAAGAUUGUCAUGGCGGAAGGGCUACUUUCCCUUUGCUUUGGUCACUACGUCGACGUAGUAACGGAUGAAAAUGUCCACCUUCUGUUUAUGCUGAAGUGUCUAGUCCUGCAAAGGUACUUGGAGCAAAUAUUUGGGACGAUCGAAAUGAAUGUCAUUUUUUACGAGCUGAGGGAGAGGUACUGCUCUUUUGUGGAGCUCUUCGGUGACGUGAAUUUGUUUCACCAUCGGGGUAGGGACGGGGGGAAGUCCUUCCCGUCGGUACAAGAGCGGAAGAUACAGGCCGGCACAGAGUCAGCCCACUCUAACGUUCCACCUAUGGGGGAUAACGUGCCCACGAAUGGCCUAUCGUCCUACCUUUUGAACGACUUGUUCUUCCUGAAAGCCUUCCUCUGCGUCCGAAUUUUCUUCAACGUAUUGAAAAGCUUCUCCUUCUGUGCCACCAUUCACCAGUACUGCUUUUCGCUCUUCUUCUCCCACCUGAAGCGCAAAGGACGGGUGAUCAGUUCGUCCAAGUUUUGGAAGCAGGUCUUCGCCGAGUGCACACGCAGGUACAUCGAAAGCUACAAGCAGCUCCCCAAGAACAAGUUUAAAAUGAAGAAGAUCGACCUGCAUGCCAACUCCAGUGAACUCAAAACAGACGAACAUGAGCAGUACCAGCUUUUGGAAAAAUAUUUUUCGCAAUUCCUCGAAACGUAUAUUAAGGGAUAUGGGGUCUGUCAGUACAUCCUAACGUUUAACGUGCACCUACAGAGAAAGGGGACCUCUAUGGAUAGCUUCAAUUUUUUGGUUAGCCAAAACUCCAUUAACCCCUUCAACUUUGUGAAUGAGGAUUUCCACUCCGCCUAUUACCUCUCAGAGAUGGCAUCCACCAGUGUAUACAACCUGCUGGAGCUGAACAAGCACAUCGAUUCGAAGAGCAAUACACAUGGGGGGAAGCACAACAAUCGAAGGAACAAAAUGAUCACGCACAAUUAUCUAGACAGAAUCUACUACGAUAAGCUCUCCGAAAAGGUCGCCCCAGGUGACUAUUUCCACCAUGAUCUGGAGAAACACUUCCUCUCAUUUUUGAAGCAAAAAAAAAUCCUCCAGACAGAUCACUUUUAUGAAUAUCCUGAGGACCUGCUCAGCCGCAAGGCCAACGAGUUGCUAAACAGAUACGUCAUGAAGAGGAAGCGUAAAACUUUUUCCUUCCUCCCGAGUGCCACACUUAGGAGGAUGUCACUCCCCGGUGAAAUGGGCACCACGUGCAGUAGCAAAAUUAUUAGGAGGAGAAACCCUAUCGGAGUGAAAACGAAUCUAAUUGGUGUAGCGCCAAUCGCCACGAGGAAGGCUCCAUCGGGGGUGACACCCAGAAUGACCAAACGGGACAUGCCCUUUACGAACGAACCGCGGAUAGUGAAAGGUUUAUCGGUGAAGAAGCUCCUUCCCAAAGCGACGUCUUCAAAAGGAGGAAGUCAAAAAAGAGAAAGCAUCACGAGAAGGAGAAGAAGAAAAAAAAAAAAAAAAAAAAAAAAAAAAAAUUCCAGUACAGAACAAACUACAACUGUGGACAACCUAAUCAGGGCAGAAAAAAUAAGCAAGCGUUUACAGAUAUGCAGAAAUUAUAUUUUAAAAAAAAAAAAAGAGUUAAUCAAUUUGCCCUACUCUAAUUAUGAUAGCUUGGAACUCAUCGCAAGGGAUGGCAACUUCUACCUGGGCUUUGGAUACGUUGGGUCUGAUGACCUCGCCUUGACGACAGGGAAAGGAAACCUAUACAAUAAUAUCAUCGCGUUUCAGAAAUUUAAAAAUUGUAAUGUGAAAAAGCUAAGUGAGUUGUGUGUAGACAAGCAUCAGAUCCAUGAAUACAACAGCACAACUCCCUUCCACACCAGUUGCAUAUACCCCCAGUGGAAAACGACCCUUCGCUUGUUUUACUACCUCCACGUUCUGGGUAAAAUUCAAAAAAAAAAAAAACUCCUAAGACGCGUUACUACUCCCGUGCGGAAUACCAAGGAGGAAGACGAAAUUGACAUUUUUGGCCAGCGGGACCACGCAGACAAACAAAGGAAAAAGAAGCAAAAGAAGCAGAAAAAGGAGAGGAAAAAAAAGGAGAAAAAGAAACAUAGACAUGGGGGGAGCCACCACGAUGACGCCCGACAUAGGCACAGAAAGAAACGGAAAAAAAUGGACACAGUGGAAAGUGUGGAUCAAGCGAUGGAGGAGGAAGAGCAUCAGGAUGUAUAUGCCGAUGACGUGAAUGCGUUUAACCACCCACCUUACAGUACCCUCGAGAGUACCGCUAGCGUCAAUUUAGACUACCCCUACGCAGGGGACGUGAUGGAGGGGGGAGAAAACGUCCCACCGUACGACUCCUUCGUGGGUGAGGAAAUAUCAGUGGGGGAAGCCCAAGGGAAUCUCAAAGGGGAGUACAUAGAUGAGAUGAGCGAAAUGGAGGGUGGUGUAGCGGUGGACGAAACGGAAGACGCAUAUGCCAUCCCAGUGGGUGAAUCAAAAAAGAAGAGGAAAAAAAAAAGGGAAAAGCGAAAAAUCAAAAAAAGGAAAGAAAAGGAAAAAGAAAAGAUGAAGGAAAAGAUAAAAAGCCUGCGGGACCUCCUCCUGAACAACAAACUCUACGCAGAGAACUACCUGAACCCCUAUGUGGCGAAUAACAUACCAAACUCGGUGGACGAAAAUAAGUUUUUCCUCUGCCUGUUGAAGAUCGAAAUAGUAGAGGAUGACGGAGUAAGAGUUGUCAAAAAAAAUUUGCUCGAAAACGUUACGCCGACCCGAUUCAGUGUAAACGCCAGACCAGAAAAGGGAAGGAAAAAGGUGGCCUUCAAACAUGAGUCCAUAUAUAUGGCCAAGCAGGAAGAAUACGUCAGUAGAAACUCCAUUGAUGCUAUAGACAGCUAUAUGAACGAAACGGUAAAGUUCGUUGGAAUUACAAAUGACAGUGAUAAGCACAUAAUAGAGUAUUGUAAGCAGAAGGUGCUGAAGAAGGACAAGUCACUGAUGUGUCUGGACAACAGAAAAUUAGUUGCGAAGAUAUGUAGUAAAGGGAAGAUUCCUCUACUUUGGAUUCGAAUAGACAAUGACUUUUCCAUUUUAGGCAGAAUUAGAAGGACACAAAGUGCCAGUAUGUGGAUUCAGCAGCUCUUCAAUGACAACAAUGUUUUCGCGCAACUGGAGUCGUCCUUCGCCUUGGCCUUUAUCCCCUUCUUUUUCCUCCAGAGGAAUACAGCAGGGGCAGAACCGGUGGGAACAGCAACAGGAGCAACGGCAGGGGGUGGAGUAGGAGAGGAAGUAGUAGCCGCAGCUGGAGUGGGACCCGUGGAUUAUAAGACCGAUCCAGGUACCCACGCAGAUAGCACACUCGACAUAAAUAUGCAUGCCCUUGCGGGAGGGGACGCCAACUCGGGGACUAACCCACCAAACAACAUUGCAACUGGUCGGGAGAACAUCGGUGAAGACUCCAUGCAGUUCAUCCAAUCUGUGCUCAGCACAAACAAAAGUGGAAAGCACAAAAAAAAUGACUUCCACUUGGGGAAUGUCCCAUUUAAGGUUGCCCCUGGUGGUACCCUUAAUAGUCAUCACUUAAAUGACGGCUAUGACCUUGCACAUGGGAAAGAAAAAAAUCCUCACAAGAGUAAUCGCAUGAUCAACGGGGAAGUUACUUCCAAUGAUGUAGUGAAUGAGAAUAGCAUGGGUAUCCACCAAAAUGCGAAAGGGCUAAUGAACAACAUCGUGAAUGCAAGAUAUGCAAAUUAUGCAAAUUAUGCAAAUUACGCGAAUUACACGAAUUACGCAAAUUACGUACCGGAGGAGCAGGAAGAAGGAGUUGACGAAGAGGACGCCACGUCGGACCUACCCAACAGUGGAAACUACGAAAAAAGGAGAAGUACCCAUCUUGCGCGGAUCGCCAGAAAUGAACAAAAUCCCAUGAAGGACAAAAUGAACAGCAAUCAGGUGAACCAUGCGAAGAGCGAUUUACUUAAAAUGGAUAGGCUGUCAAGUCAUAGUAGCAGUUCUGGAAGUGACACAGAUCUGUUGGAUUGUAACUUUUCCACGUCCACUGUGGACGACUUGAAUGAAGAUGCGAACGCCUCAGAACGGAACUACUCAUCCUCCAGUUAUAGGAAACGAAAAAGCUACAAAAACAAAUGGACGAGAAAAAUAUCCGUUGAAAAUAUCCCCAUUAAUGUAGAAGUGAUUAAGUGUCUCUACAAAUCGAUCACGGCAACUUACCUCCACUACAUGGUAAAGAUCAGGUGCAUUUUUUCUCUUUGCUUUAUUCACAAUAGGUAUUUAUGCACGCAGAAAAUUAUCCAGAAUUUAUUUUUGGAUUAUACGGAAGAGUUUUAUGGAAACGAUCUGAAUCAGAAGAAGUUCAUGCAUGCCUUCUAUGUUGCCAUGUCUUUGUUAAGGAACAAGAACAACCGGACGCCAAAAAUAAUUAUUUUUUUUCUCGCGCAGAAGUGCGCCAAUUUUGUCUACUCCCUUAGUCUCAGUGAUAAGUACCAUUUGGUGAAUGACGCGAAGGGGGAUACUACGGCACCCCCGCAGGAUGCUUCUCCAAAUGGGGGUAAGACGAAUCUCAUAGGGAAAUGCCCCCCAAAGGAGGAACGCCAGGAGAAUGGCAACACGUCCAACAUAUCCUGCGUGACGUCCUUCCCGCUGAUAUUCCCACCAUCGGUUAAUGACGUGUGCAAAAGCUACGACAGUAUCAACCUGAAUCAAGGAGAAUCACACAAGGGAUCCUACUCCGCAGUUAUCGAAAAAGAUGGACCCCCCCAAGGUUCCCAUAAUGAAGCCGAAAUGGACACUGUAGUGGAGAGAAUUGCCGCCCUGACGCAGGAUCAGCAGGAAAUGUUCCAAAAAGACGGAGAUCUCCCCCGCCAAGGCACCCCCCAUUCGUGUAAAAACGCGCAACAAAAACGAACAAGAAAAGUUACGUACGAAAAGGAGCUCCUCAUUCGGAGGGAAGAGGAGGAGGACAUCAAGAUGGUGCUGGAAUGCCUUGGCAACAUAAGGUUCAAGGGUGAACAUAUCCCCCGAAGUGGUCACCCCAGCAGCAUGCUCAGCGCAGUAUCAAACGGUACAAUGAAAGACAAUCCGAUGAGCAACAAGGAGAGCCUUUUCUCCGAGUACCUCUCCCACGCUACAGGAAGUCACCUCCCAAAUGGUGCAAACAACCAUAGUAAAUUUUUCUGGAAAAAAAAAAAAAAAAAAAACUACCACACGUACGAUUUUUGGAACAUACACAUUUACAAUAAUGAGGAAAAAAAAUUGAAAAAUAAUUUCUUGAAAUUAAAAAAAAGAAAAAAAGAAUACGUACAGGAGUUAGUAGACGUGAUAUUUCUGAUAUACCAGCUGAAAAAGCUGUCCCCCUUUUUGCCCAUUUCCGAUUGGGUCAUAAUUAUCCUCAUUAGAACUAUCGGUAGGAACAGAAGCAUCCUGGACGCCUUCAAAAGGAAGAUGUAUGUGGAGUACAAGGACCAGUUCGAUUUCUGCAAAUGUCUACCCAAUGAAUUUCCCGCCAGGGGGAGCGGAUCCAACAUGAGUAACUUCAUUUCAGCGAGGAAUGCAAACUGGUUUCGCCUCGAAGUUGUAAGAGCGAUUAUUCAUUUGGUCCUACAUGGGAGCAUCCGGUUGUUUCAGGUAUUUUACCAGCUUACCGGUGAGGGAGACGCUGACCAUGAGAAGGGUACCCAGGGGGGUCCUCCCAAAUGGAGACACAACUCCUUCGCAAGUACAUACAAAAGAGAAAAUUACUUCUUCGUGUCAAACUACACAAACUACGUGGAGAGGAAAACCAUAUGCAGCCAUGUGCUUAACAUUUACAGCGCCUUCCACUUCUGCCAACAAAUCGUACAACUUUAUGGUGAGGAUGCCCAGUUUGAAAUGCUCCUGUGGAGUAGUCUGUACAAUAUGCUGCUCAUAUGCCAACAGAAGCACCCCUUCUUCUUUUUACCUUUCUCGAAAAUGUUUUCCAAAUAUUUUAAAGACUACCAGAAGAGAAGCUACUCCCCCUUCGAGUUUUACUUUUUGCUCUACGGGGUGAGCGAUGUGAAUGCCUUCGAAAAGGAGAAUUACGGUGGGGGGGCUAAUUAUCAGGGCGAUUCUACUAACUACAGCGGUCGUGUUGCUAAAUGGGGGAACCAUUUUAACCCCCCCCCUGAGGGACACUACGCAGUGAAUGAACAGAUGGGAAACAUUCUAAAUCAAAAACGCUGCUCCCAGUUAAGCACGUCAAACGGGAUAAGGGACCUUCACAUUUAUAAGUACAAUAUUGUGGGGUACAUACAGCUAAUCACCAUUCUGAAAAACGUCAAGCACACAAAUAAACUGAAGAAGAAUUUCAUCCAAAUGAGUUUUAUAAAAUAUGUGGUCCGAUAUGUGCACUCCUUUUUGAGGUCAUUGAUUGUCUCUCUUUCCAGCGCUAAUGUGAACUACUAUAACAAUGCUAUCCUUUUCGAGUUAAAAAAUAUUAUGGCGUUUUUCUUUGGCUACGGCAUUCCUCCCUGCUGCUCCAGCGGGUGGCCCCGCAUCUACCGCCCGCACUAUGAUCAGCUUCGAAGUAUAGCAAACAAAGGAGUCCAAAUAAACGACCUGAUCAAGUUCCUGCGGACAUAUUACGACAACGACAAACUCCUCGAAUGGAAAAUCGUCGCGUCGGAAUUCAUUAACGUUUUAAAAAACAUGAAGGAGCUGCAUCUCUUUGUGGACAGCCCAACUGUGUCUUUGCAAAAUUUUAAUUUCUCCAAAGAGACCAUAUGGCUCACUCUGAUCGACGCCAAGAUACGAAACGAUAUUUACAAAUUACCCAUGGACCUGAAAAGAGACAUACUGCUCCUGCUCAAGAACAUCCGCCUUGUCGACAUGUCCCUGGGCACCAACCACUACGAGCACAUCAACAAUAUCUUCACCGUCUGCUGGUUCAUCAUUGUGAAAAUAUUCCAGAAUUAUGAAAAGAGCAAGUCAUGA